AUGCUCACGUGGUGGAUGGACAUGCUCUCUGCCAAAGGCAUCACGGAGCUAGUGAUGCUCGACGUGGCCGCCCCAUCAGCCAUUGCCGCUAUUGAGUUUUCGGUGAGCCGUCUGCGCAUCCCCGCCCUCGCUAAGCUCACGCUUGGCUUCAUCAACAUCACCUUUGGCUGGUGCAUGGGAUUCUCGGAGUUAGAGGCAUUCUUCUUGGUGUGUUGUAGCUGUUCGGCCAGGCACGUGUCCCUGGCCAUGGAGAAGCUGGAGAACCUGAAGACCCUCAGGAUUUUUGGCGUCGAUCUCGCGGUCGUGGGCGUGGGCACCGGCGCCGGAGACGGUGCUAUGGAGAUAGCCUCCAGCUCGUUGUCAUCGUUGGAGUUGAUGGAGUCAAAGGCGUCCACUCUGGCCAUACGCCAGGAUGGCAUCGGUGGUACAAUAGGCGGAUAG